CCUACACACGCACACACGCAGGGACUGUGAUGGGCUGAGCUGGGCUGGGACCAACACGUAGCGCAGCCCGGGACACUAAAAAACGUAACAUUAAAGGCUUUCCUCGGGAUAUUUAUUUAUUUAAGCGGUCGACUCGCUCGCCAGCUGGAUCAGACAUGGACGACAAGUCAUUCACCAAGGAGCUGGACGGCUGGAUCGAGCAGCUGAACGAGUGCAGACAGCUGUCGGAGAACCAGGUGAAAGUCCUCUGCGAGAAGGCCAAAGAGAUUCUGACAAAGGAGUCCAAUGUACAGGAGGUGAGAUGUCCAGUGACCGUCUGUGGAGACGUGCAUGGACAGUUUCAUGACCUCAUGGAGCUGUUUAAGAUCGGGGGCAAGUCACCAGACACCAACUAUCUCUUCAUGGGGGAUUAUGUGGAUAGAGGCUACUACUCUGUAGAGACUGUCACCCUCCUGGUUUCUCUUAAGGUAAGGUUCCGUGAACGGAUCACGAUUCUCCGAGGGAACCACGAGAGCAGACAGAUCACACAAGUGUACGGUUUUUAUGACGAGUGCCUAAGGAAAUAUGGAAAUGCCAAUGUUUGGAAGUAUUUCACAGACCUGUUUGACUAUCUUCCCCUUACUGCACUUGUAGAUAAUCAGGGUCCGAUGUGUGAUUUGUUAUGGUCAGACCCAGACGACCGUGGUGGCUGGGGAAUCUCACCCCGUGGUGCUGGCUACACAUUCGGGCAGGACAUAUCUGAGACUUUCAAUCAUGCAAAUGGAUUGACUUUGGUUUCAAGAGCACACCAGCUUGUGAUGGAGGGGUAUAAUUGGUGCCACGACCGCAACGUAGUGACAAUCUUCAGUGCACCAAACUACUGCUAUCGUUGUGGCAACCAGGCAGCAAUCAUGGAGCUUGAUGACACAUUGAAAUACUCUUUCCUACAGUUUGACCCGGCACCACGCAGAGGAGAGCCCCAUGUGACACGGCGCACACCAGACUACUUCCUGUAAAGGCCACUGGUGCACAGUGGCUGGGGAAAAGACACAUUCAACGCUACAAAAGUUGUGUGCCAUAAUCACAGUAAAAUGGAAACUUUCACAUCUAGCUUAACAAUAUCAUCCGCUCAGUUUUUAACUCUCUGUGCAUGACAUUUUAAUUACUAGAAAUAAUUGCCACUCUGAAGAAUACUAUCAUGAUUCCUGCUGGUUUGACAGGAAAAAUUAAUGUUGAAAAUAAUAAUUAUAUGUUAGUAAUUUUUGUGUCAGUGAUGAACAGAUUGUUUUACCAUUUGAAGUUUAUAAGCUGCAUCUUUCAUUUGGCAUGGCCUCAGAUUGAAGGUUGCGGUGCAUAUAGGGUGAACAUUUUUUUUGUAACUGAAAUGCAACAGUUUACUUUAACGAAUAAGAUAAUAGAUUUAAAUGUUAAAGAUUCAUUAAUUAAUGUUACCUUAAGUUUAUGUUCUCUUUGCACUUUUGUAUUUGAUUUUUAUCACAACACUGACGGACUGUUUUUUAUAUCCUAAUAUAGUACAAGACGUUCUCUUUUUGUUGUCUCUCAUGGGUUGUUAAUGUAAUUCAUGUAGGUCUGCAAUAUUAUAGAAAUGACUUCAAUUGUGUAUAAUAACUCAAUGCUUUGCACCCAGUAUAAUCCAGAAUAAAGACUAAAGUUGCUUCAUCAUUGAAUUCCCGAAGCACAGUUUAAGGAGUUACCCUGCAGUUCUCAGCAGACACCGCAAGAUGGAGACAUUAAUAAAUCUUUGCCCUUAAUAAACUGAUAACGUAAUUAUUAGUUUAAUUUUGUUUUUAAUAGUUGUUUGGUAUAAGGUUUUUUAAGACAAAAAUCUAACUACUAGCUUGCAGGAUCCCAAUUCAAACCACUACUAUAUGAUUUCAUUUAGUUCAUUUUUGAAAAAUAUUUAAUCUUAUGAGGAAAAUCUUUCUUUUUUCUGUUUCUUUCUUCGGGAAUUAUUUCUCCUAUGAAUGUAAGUUUACUACUUUGAGCCAGAUGUGUUAGGGAGAAAAAAAAACCCAAAGUUUUAAAAGAUGACAUUUGCUAUCUGAGAGUUAAAGUUACAGUAAUGCGUUGAGCAGU